AAUGGCUGCAUUUAUCCCGCGAGUUGUUCAAAGGAAACCCGGGAAAAGCAAGCCAAAUAUCGCGACAACAAAGACUAGAAAAGGGCCACAAGUGAGCAGCAGUGAAAACAGAGUGCAAAUGGUUGACUUGAGGAGUGGAAAAGAUAACGUUGAUAAGGAAGUUGAGGAACCAAAAUGUGAACCUGGUCAUGGAAGGAGGGAGGACGACGAUGAUGAUGUUGAUGAAGAGGUUGUGUCCUUCAGUAAAAAUCAAAGAUGGCCGGAAUAUGGAGAACCAGUCUGUGUUGUAUGUGGUAGAUAUGGUGCUUAUGUUUGUGAUCAAACUGAACAGGAUAUUUGUAGUUUAGAGUGUAAAGCUAGGCAUCUACGCGAUAUUGGACAACAUCAUAACCAAGAAGAGAGUUCAAAUGUUUAUAACGAGACUGAUGAAUGUCAGAAAAACGAACGAGACAAUUUAAUAUACACUGAUAGCAAUUAUACAUACAAAGAGCAUCCAACGAUAGCAGCGCUUACAGCGGAACAAGUAAAACAGCUACGGGAUAAAAUGGAAAUCAAGGUGAAAGGUGAACAUGUUGUUUCACCUGUACUGGAGUUCUUCCACUGUUCGUUUAAUGAAAGUCUCAGUAAAAACUUAUCAAAUCAUGGGUAUCAUUCACCGACUCCCAUUCAAAUGCAAGUACUCCCUGUACUCUUAAGUGGCCGUGAUGUCAUGGUUUGUGCCAGCACUGGGUCUGGUAAGACAGCAUCCUUUUUGUUACCAAUGAUAUCAAGAAUUCACCACAUCACAGGGAAGUUGUUACCAAGUAGUCCUGAAGUAAGAUUUAUCUAUGGAUUGAUUCUUGCUCCAACAAGGGAAUUAUGCAUGCAGAUUGAGAAGCAAACCAAGGAAUUUGUACACGGCAUGACAAACAUGAGAACUGCUCUUUUAAUUGGUGGUGUUCCUGUACCCCCCCAGCUCCAUAGAUUAAAGAUGGGUGUGCAAGUUAUUGUGGCAACUCCAGGUAGAAUGGUUGAGAUAAUAUCUCGUCAGGCUGUUGACCUGACACAUGUCAUUGGAUGCGUGGUGGAUGAGGUGGACACAAUGCUUCAACUGGGAUUUGAACAGCAGGUUCAGCAAAUCUUAGAAAGACUAAGUAAUAGGAGACAGACCAUGCUGUUUUCAGCUACAAUCCCUCCCUCCAUCGAGGCCAUGGCAUCUCGAUUGCUGAAUGCUCCAGUGUUCAUAUCAGCUGGUUCUCCAAGUUUGCCUACCAAAGCAGUGAAGCAGCUUAUUCUCUGGGUUGAAGAAAAGUCCAAGAAAAAACAGCUGUUUUCCAUUCUAAAGGACUCCAGGCAUUUUAAUCCCCCUGCUGUAGUCUUUGUGGAGUCCAAACUUGGUGCUGACAUGUUAGCUGAAGCUGUAUCCAAGGUAUGCCAUAUAAAGUGCUUGUCCAUGCAUGGUGACAAACCCCAGGCUGAGAGGGCUCAGAUACUGCAAGACUUCCUGGCAGGGGAGUGCCCACUUGUUGUCAGCACCGCUGUGCUCGGUAGAGGUGUCGACCUUCUUAACAUCAGACAGGUAAUUAACUUCGAUAUGCCCCCUACAUAUGAAGAGUAUGUGCACCAGAUUGGGCGGGCUGGACGGCUUGGGGCUACUGGCUGGUCUAUAUCCUUUAUCAAUAAUGCCAGCAAAGGGCUCUUCCUUCAGCUGAUCAACAAACUUCAGCCUAUGGGAGUCAAGCUGCCUGAUGAGCUUACCCGGUCUGCGCAUGUGCUUGACGAAAGAUGCAGAGCAAGCAACAGCAGGAAACGGGCAGAGAAAGAUGAGAUCGUGAACCAGUCAAACCUGAUGGACCUCAUUGUCAAGCGCAAGAAGAACAAAUAGAGCCUCAAGGCGUUUCGUUUUGUCUCCUAAUAGCACGUCUUUGCGUACCGGAAGUGGACCUUUCGCCGUUGUACACACCCUGCAUCCCCGCCCCUCCCCCCGGGCCUGUGGAGUUAUUUAGGUAUACAUUAAUAUUUUGGUUUAGAAAAAUUAAACUUGCGAGCUCGUUAUAGGUGAACAUAUAGCGUGCGAAUAUCGCGUUAUACAUAAGUUCGUUUUUUUUUCAUGGUUCACUGACCGUCUAAGCACUUUUCGUGCUUUGCCGACUAUAAAUUGAGGUGACACACUGUUUGCCUGGCCAUACCACCAGCUGGUGAGAUACUCAAUAAAUCAAUCAUUCCUAAUUCUGUCAAAGAAACCUGACACGAUUUUUUUUCUACUUUGAAAUCGAAACUUUUUUAACACUUUUUUGAUUGACAAAUAUUUAUCUUUCCUGUCCUCUGAUAGUCCUGGAUAAAGCUAUGAUUAUAUGACCAUAUAUAUAGCUUUUGUUCUUUUGUGCACUUAGCAUUUGAUUUUUUGCUCAGCAAGGGACGGGAUUCAGAAGGGAUCUCUGCUUUUCUCAUCGGGCUCUAACCAGUGCAGUCCGAUAAACAUCGCGAAAAAGGAGUAUUCUAGCUCUGUCAGAGUGUUUAUUUUUGUAAAACCCGUGAAAGACUUUUUAGUUUAUUUAGUACUUAUACACUGUAAUGUCUUUGUUCUCUUUUAUUCUGGCUUGACUAUUACACUUUAACAAUUACAUUUUGUUCCACGGGAUUUUGAAAACCACUCUACCUGUUGUUCUUUCCAAAAAGCAUUUCAAAACAAUUGAUUGUUUGAGCAAAUUGGUGUUUUUAUGUUAUUUUUUACUUAUUUGUUUGACGAUUCCGAGGUACGUGAUAAGGUGUCUUCCUUAAAUUAGGGCGCUUCCAUAGAUGCGAUUGAGUGGAAGUGAAAUAAAACCCUCCACUUUUCUUAGAAACUCUUACCGUACCGGAGAAUAUGGAAAAAUAUGGACUGGCAUUUCUCUGCUUAAGCCGUUAACAAAUAAUUCUGAUUACGAGAAUACAAUAAAUUACUGUUUCCAUAUUUUUGAUUUGUCCUUAUUUGGUGAUUCUACUAAAAAAAAUAUUUUUAGUUUGAAUUCGUUAUUAACAAGUUUUUUUUUUUGUUAAAGUGUUGGCGAUUGAUAAAGAAAUGUUCUCCGGUAUUUGAAAAAAGUAAUAAGAAACUCUACAUUUUAUCGGUUGGUUCACGGUUUUGUAUUUGAUUUGUCGUACAUUGACGUGCUCAACUACAGGUGAAGUGGAAGCGUGGUGCUUCAUCGAUAUUCAGUAUUGUUAUUCAAAAAACAUUAAUUACAUGUGUGCACAAAAAGUUACAGCUAUGAAACGACAACCAAUCACUCGAUACCAGAAUAAAAAAACUUCAUGACUGCCCAAAAAAUGACACGCUUUUAUGAUUCUACUCAUCAACUAAGACUGGUUUCCGCUAGGAUAUCGUCAAAGAGUAAAAACUGUUCUCUAACUUCGCCUGCAUCGCUAGCUAUUGAAAUAUAUUUUUUUUAAUAACAAGCUAUGAAGGUGUUGAGUUUGGUGAGUGUUUUGUUUUGUGUUUUGGUUAAUGAAUUGGGGGUGGGGCGAUAGAAAUCGCGGUUGGAACGUUGUAAUUCAAGUGAAGUGAUCUCGUCCGCUGGCCUUGUCCCUUCGUAGUCGUGAUACAGCCCUCUGCCUCAUCUCCUGGGAUUCAUAGCACUUUAAGACUGACUUUUGGCGGCACGAGGAAUCACCGGAAUGGCCACCGUUCGUGUGGGGAAAUCCACAGGUAUGUUUCCGAGCAGCUGGUCUUUUUUUUCUUUGUCUAAGUGCGUUGUUGCCGAAAGGAAUGGCUCUUGAGGAUCGGCUCAGCCGUGUGAUUUGUCAAGUAUCAAUUUAUCUGGCUAUAAGUAUCUUUCCCAGAUUUCUCUUUACUGUUAUUCCCCCUCAAUUCUUUACCUGGUCAUAGCUCUUUGACAACUGUUUCUAUAGGCGAGGCAUUGUUAUCUUUUGUUGUUGCUUUGAAUUUCCGUAUCAUAGCUUACGGUAUACAUGAUUUUUUAUUCGUAUUAUAGCUUUCGCUUUUUCAAAUCUUUCCUUUAUUCCUUUUUUUGAGAAAUCAAUUAUUCAAAUCUGUAUAUUUGACCACAAUGUCGUAAUCCUAAAACGACUUUAUUUAAAGUUCCCAAUUUUCGUGACGCCACGUGCUAAUAGAACAACAGGACUACUGUACUCGAGAGUUGUUGUGCUGCAUUUCAAGUAUUCCCACUUCACACUUGAAAUCUCAUUCGUCAUCUUCUCGAAAACAACAGAGCGCGCGUCCUUUUAAGACCCCGAUAAUUCAUUUUGUUUACUUUGGAUUUUGAAAAAGAAAGGAGUAUGGCUUAAGAGAUGUUAAGUGGUUUCAAUUUAAUUAAGUCAAGGGGAAGUUUCAAUUUGCGCUUCGUCUUCUUAUCAGCUGUGUCCCCGGCAGGUUUCAGUGAUACCGGAAACAGAGAUUUUCCCGCUACAAACGAAAUUGUGAAAAAAAUGAGGAAUAGUGCGGGUAUGAGUUAGUCCAUGAACAGCCAAAGAACACUCGCUUUUACAAUAAUCUUUUUUAGAAAAAUAGGUUAAGAAUAGAUAGUUCAAGUAUGACUAA